UGUUGCACUGCUGCAAUAAAGAUCUCUUGGUCACUCCGGGUGUUGUGGUCACUUUCCUUUCAAUGAGAAGCACAUUUUUUAGGGUGGGAGUGACAGUCACUGUAGCCAACCAGAGGGUUGUUGUGUCUCCUGAAUACCUUUCCCUUCCCUUGGGCCACAGUGGAGGAGGUGACAAGGUCAGCUGGCUUCCGGAAGGCAAAGUGUUCAGUAAUGUUCAGAGAAAGAAGAUCAUUUCCAAAUUUCUCAAAGGAAACGUUCUGAAGCGAGUACUCCUAUCAAAGCAGAUGCAGAGAGAGGAUACCGACUCCCAGAAAGAGGAUCCCAGCUACACCUUUACUGGCAUCAGAAAGAUUUUAAGGAAACAGAGGAGCAGCUACAACAAAAUGGGCAGAAGAAACGGUGAGAACUGUGGCACCACGGUCCAUCUGUCAAGCAUUUCUCAGGAGAAUGUAUCUUCCUGGAGUUUGGAUUCCGAAGUACCUGUUCUUGAAAAUAAAAACCUCCCACCUGGAAGGGAUAGUGCGGCAGGUGGCAAAAUUAAUAAGAAUAGUAAACAAAAGCUGUUUCAGUUAUGGAGUUACCCUCUUAAUGAAGGAAGUACCAUGGAGAACAGGGAAUUCAAACAAUCUACAAUGGAAACUGGCUUUAAUGUAGUCAAUAAUCCCAUAAGGCUCUUUACCCUAAACCACUCAUUAACAAGUACUCCAGCUGAUCAGCAAGCUGGUUCUAAACUGGGACUGCCGAUGCCGAUAAGUCUCUACUGGCCCUAUGCUGACGGAGACUUUUUAAAGGACAGAAGUGAGUUUCAAAUUGAUUCAUGUUCACCUAUAGAAACCAGCAAUGGAGAAACUUUAUCUGCUCCAAACUGCAACCUUAAACAUGGAAACAGCAGUGUGGAAGAAAUUUUAACUGAUGAAAGUGACUUAUCAGAAAACGAGAACACUAAUGAUACUUUACUCAGCUAUUUUAAAAAGAUGGACUUGAAGUUAAAGCCAGAAACAAUAGAAAAUGUUGAGGAAUCUUUUACUGAGGAACCAAGUGAAGUAUUUCUAUAUCCUGAUUUUCUUCCCCCUCCUUUCAAUACUCUGGAUUUGCACAAAUUUGCCUUUUCAAGAUGUGAAAAUUGGAAAGCAACAUUGGACUCUCCAGAAAGCUCCAUUGAACAGCUGAUAACUCGUUUACUAGAACUGGAACGAUUACAACAUAUGACUAUACAAAAGGAGCGGUCUAGGCUACCAAGUGCUUUCUGUUCUCCAGCAAUUUCUGAGCGACCCUCUUCCUCCAAAAGUACAUUGAAAGCGAGGCAGCCCAAACUUCCUGACGCUUUGAGUCUUCUGACAUCUUGUGUAGAUAAAAGCCGAGAAAAGAGAAAAAACAGUUCUGGUUGUGGUAAGCUUGAACAAAAUGCUUCAAAGUGGAAUUGGAGUGGUGAUGGAAAAUAUAAAUGGAAUUCUAGAUCACCAUCUCUAAAAAGUUCACCAACCACAAAACAAUAUAUUGCAACUUAUGAUGAUUUUAAGAAUCCCAAAAGUUUCACUUCAAAUUCAUGCCAAGAACUCUCACCCAAGCCUUCCACCACCCAAACUACUCAAUCACUGGUUAAAAUAGGCUCAACAAGAUGCCUGCCACCGAGGUCUCCAAUACUAGUUUCACCUAUACCCCUGUCUUUUCCUGAAAAUCACAGGGAAGAAAUUAAAUCACAAAGGACCAAAAGGAAACCUUACCAAAAAAGUAUACUAAUGAAUAGACCAUUCUAUAUUCAGAAACUAAACUGUUUUUCACCUUCUUUUAUGGAUAAGGGUAAAUGCUUACCCAUUGACCAAAAAUAACUCUUUUCUUUCAUACAUCCCAAUGUGAGCAAAUGUAUUCCAAGAAGUUCAGCUAACAUAUGGUUUGUCAUUCUGAGAUGCAGGCAUAAAAACAAAAACAAAACAAAAAUAAAUUAACAAGAAAACCCACACAAAUUGAUUGCCUGGCAAGAUACGGAGUGCAGCCUGUGCGUCACAGCUAAGCCAUCUGUAUACAGAUCCAAGGGCUUACACAUUGCUGCAUCUGACAAUUCUUCACGUUGUGUUUCAAAGAAAUGUUUUACUUAGUAAACCUAAGUAUUCUAUUCAGCAGCUUGUUCUUUUGUUGUGAUUGUUUUCCAGUAUAACUCUAUCAUCAAUAAAUGGUAUAAUUGAUA